AUGACGCUGGUGAAUUCGCGACCCGAAUUGAUGAAUUUGUCAUUUUCCGGAUGCGGAUUUUUGUGCGUUUAUCAUGCUGGAGUCGCCGCUGCUAUCAAGGUUAGUUGGAAUUGUUUUUCGAAAAUCUCAAGUUCCGUCUUUGUUUCAUUGGAAUUCAAUAUAGCAUUCGAUUCGUCUCGAUGAGAGGAAUCGAAUAGUGUGUUCAUCUAUUUUCAAUUACCCCGAUUUCAUGUUGAAAAACAGCUUUAAAAUGAAAAAAUAAAUUUAACCUGAAAACACCGCGACGCACAAAUACACACAACGUCAAAUACCGUAUACCGAAGAUUUAUUUUUCCAAAAAAAAUUCUUUCCAGGAAUACGCGCCGCAAUUACUUCAAAAUAAAAUUCUUGGUGCAUCAGCUGGCUCAAUUAUUGCAUGCGGUUUAAUCACAAAUGUUUGUCUAUCAAACGCCACAUCGACAAUUCUCAAAGUCAUUUCACAAGCUCGUCUCCGAACCUUCGGCCCACUUCAUCCCGAAUUCAGUCUUCUCGGAGUGGUGCGCGAAGAACUCGUCAAAAUCUUGCCCAAAAAUGCGUAUCAAUUGUGUACCGGAAGAUUGAUAAUAUCUUUGACCAGAUGGAGCGAUCAUAAAAAUGUUAUGAUUGAUGAAUAUACGUCGAAUGAUGAUUUGAUUGAUGUAGGCAGUUUUUUUUCGAAAAUUUUAAAUGGAAUGUGAAAAUUAAAUUAAUUUCAGGCCAUUAUGUGCAGUUGCUUCAUCCCACUUUAUUGCGGAUUGACACCUCCAAAAUUCCGUGGUGUUCAAUAUAUUGAUGGAGGAGUUUCGGAUAAUCAACCAUGUUAUGAUGAGCAUACAGUAACAGUCAGCCCAUUUUCCGGUGAAUCAGAUAUUUGCCCGCCAGAUUGGGAUAGUGGAAGUCUAAUGGGAGUGGAUUUCAAUGGAACAUCUAUCAGAUUUACCGCACGGAAUAUGUUCAGAUUAAUGGCUUGUCUUUGGCCAAGAUCCACUGAAGAUUGUUCGAAAAUGUGUAUUCAAGGAUUUAAAGAUGCGUUGAGGUUUUUGACAAAAUUCGGAUUGUCUCCUUGUAUUCGAUGCCUGACAAUUCAAACUAUUGAUCCAUGUGUUAGUGAAGUUUCUGAUCGAGAAGAUGAUUCAUCGAAUGUUACAAUGAGAGGAAGAUGUUUGACAUCGCCGGCGUCGACGGCGAAUUUGGGAAUUGGAAGAAUGAGAAAUCGAAGCAGCACAUCGGUCAUGAAUUUGAGGUUAGUAAAGGGAGCGGAAGAAAUUGCAUAUUUUCUAGAACUUCAUAAAAUCAUUCAAAAAUUAGUAAAAUUGAAAAUUUUCUCGCAAAUUUUCGGUUUAAAAAUCGUGAGCGGCAGUUUCUAUCUGGAACUCAAGCCACGCCUACUUUUCACUCAGCAGUUGCAGAUGUAGCUAAUUCAUAGCUCAACCGAUCGCAGCCCUUGACACUUGCGUUUUAUUUACGAACAGUGUGCGGUUUAGCUACAAACACACACCGAAGUCUGUUUUAGCUACGAAACACACACGCAUGUUUUAGCUACGAAAACUGUUUUCCUGUUUAUUGCGAAAUACUGCUUAUGCGGGUUUAUUUCUGUAUUUGGCUUAGUUAGAAAACUUGCAAAUAUAAAACAUUUAUUCGUAUUGAAACAUACAAUAACAUAAGAAUAUGAAAUUAUAGUCAGUUAUUCACCAGAAACACUUAAUUUUCUCGCAGUUGUUUGAUAGCUUCUGGAUCCUGGACCGGCCGAAUAUUAGAUAGAAAAGUAGCAACUAAAAUUUCCCAAUAGGGCGGUAGGCUUGCAAAACAUGACGAUGUGGUGUUUGUGCAUUUUGCGACUCCAUUUGGCGGUUUAACUUCCCAAAAACCUAUUAGAAGCCAAAUUGGUCGAGAUCCAUGACAUCCGGCUUUUUUCUUGUUAUUGGCAUCUGUAAAUUGAGAAACACUGUGGAAUAUUGAAAAAUUUGUUAGAAUUACCUCAUUUAUUGAAGAUUUCACCAUCACUUUCCACUUUUUCGAGAAACGCAACAAACUGACUGUUUUUCUGCAAAGAUUCAACGUAAAACGUAACUUUUAGAUGAACUUACUCGUUCUCCAUCGAUAAAACACUGACGCGUAGACGAUAUAAUAUGUUACCAGCACUUUUCUAGGCUUUAAGUCACGAAAAUCGUCGAAAAACAAAACAAAACGAAGAAAACAUGUUUGCGCGCCAAAAAACCGUAGCUAAAACGUAUGUGUGUUUUAGCUGAGAAAUCGGUCAGAAACACUGAGCUAAAUUUUUGCUUCGAUUUAGCUGGAGAUUCAAGUUCUUUCUACGGUUCAGCUACGAAAACCCUCAAAAUAUGAUUUAGCUACAUCUGCAAAUGCUGAGUCAGCUAUUUUCUACUCUCGAGUUUUGAGAUUCCACAAAAUUUAUAAUUAAAUUAAAAUUUUCGAUUUUCAAUAAAAAUUUGCAGAGCCCGCGGCGAGUCAGAAUGUGAAGCUUGUUGUGAAUCUGAUUUUAUCAUGGAAGAUAUCAACGUCGAUUCAGUUUUCCCUAAAAUUAUGCAGAAACGUGAGUUUUCCCUUUUUUUUUCAAAUUUCAUAACAUCUCUAAUUUUUCUAGCAUUCGAAGAUGCAGUCGCUGCUGAAAAAUCAGUAUUCGAAUAUUUUCUGUCAUUCCGAAUUGUUCGCUACGCUACAACUGCUUUAGGAAUCGGAAAAUUCCCGCUUGAUAUAGCACUGGCUUUUGUGAAAUCAGUCAAUAAUUAUUUGGAUUUAAUGAGUCCACCACGAUGGUUGAUUAUUAAAUUCCGCUCACUUUCCGAUUUUAUUCUAUCGGAAGUUGAGAAGCAAAAAUCGAGAUAUACGAAAUUCUCGUGUCUUGUGGCAGUCACUGAAGUUGAUCGAUUUGGCUCCGCUUUGGCACAUUCGACAAUGGAACAUAAUGGAGAAGAAAAAGAGAUUGAAAUGAGCGAAGAAGCAAAAAAUGAAUUGAGAUUUUUGAGAGAACGAGAUAGAAGAAGGCGAAUGAAAAACGAUCCAAGAGAAGUUCCUUCAACAUCUUCUGCUGGACCAAGUCCUUAUGACGUUGAUUCAUUUGAACAUGUAGUGCAAUUCACAAAAUCACAUGAUCUGAUGUAUGAAUUUCAUUACAUUGAUGAGAAUAACGAGAAAAGGACGUGCGGUUUAUUCGCAGCUGAUCAUCAUCGACGACAUCAACAUAAUCACAACCAAAAUCAUAAAAUUGUGCUGAAUAAAUUGGAAGAAGAAGAAGUUCCAGCUGAAGAUGUUCGAUUUAUUGGCGGAAAAAUUAGUGGAGAUGAAGAAGAGAUUGAUUCGGGUUUGUCGGGAGUUGAAGUUGUGAAUGCGAGGAAUAGUGUAAGGUAAGGGAUUUGAAAUGAUUCUGAAAAUUAGUUGGCGAUUUUCCAGUUUUUAUAGCAGAUUCAAAAAAACGUUUUUUUUCAGUAGUCAGCCAUCGACUUCGACCUCAAAACGAGACGCCUGUUGUUCACCGGUCCGAGAAUUUUCCGAACCUCCCCCAGUUUCGGAAAAUUCACCAAAAGUCGGUCGAAUUCGUGGAAACGGUCGCAGAUAUACAAGUGACGUCACAAUGCGAACAAAACCAUCAACAUCGAUGGCGAAAAAGAAAACAUCGGUGGUUUCGUCAUCAGAUUCGGAAGAAAUUGAUGGAACUGAGAAAUUGUUUGUGCCAAGUCGAAAAGCGUGGAGAGCAAGUAGUGAUUUUGAUCAAAAAGAUCCGAUUGUUAAUAAUGAUACGACUGCUUAG